AGUUCAGGCCUCUUCCCAGGAGGCUCCCUGCCUGCAAGAUGGCGUCAGCUGGAGAGCCCCCUACAGGCUCGCGGGAUGCAGCUGACCAGAACUUCGACUACAUGUUCAAGCUGUUGCUGAUUGGCAAUAGCAGCGUGGGCAAGACGUCUUUCCUAUUCCGCUAUGCUGAUGACUCCUUCACACCAGCCUUCGUCAGUACUGUAGGAAUCGACUUCAAAGUCAAGACUGUCUACCGCCAUGACAAGAGGAUCAAGCUACAGAUCUGGGACACGGCUGGCCAGGAGCGCUACCGCACAAUAACCACAGCUUACUACCGCGGAGCCAUGGGCUUCCUGCUCAUGUAUGACGUCGCCAACCAGGAGUCAUUUGCCGCUGUGCAGGACUGGGCCACACAGAUCAAGACUUACUCCUGGGACAAUGCCCAAGUUAUCCUUGUGGGAAACAAGUGUGACCUAGAAGAUGAGCGUGUCGUGCCUGCUGAAGAUGGCCAGCGGCUUGCCGAUGAUCUCGGUUUCGAGUUCUUCGAGGCCAGCGCCAAGGAGAACAUCAACGUGAAGCAGGUCUUCGAGCGCCUGGUGGACGUCAUCUGUGAGAAGAUGAAUGAGUCCCUGGAACCCAGCUCCAGCCAGGGCAGCGACGGGAAAAGCCCAGCCCUGGGGGACACGCCACCUCCCCAGCCCAGUGGCUGCAGCUGCUAG